AUCCAACCAGUCAACUUUGACAUGUUGGUAGUUUACCUCAGCAGAAGUUGCGUCCACGACCUCUGACCUCAGCCAGCCCUCCAACCGUAACGCUGGACCUUGUGGAGUGAAACUCAAAUCACGGGCGGGAGAAGACGACGGACGGCUAGCAGUGGUGGCUGAAAGUUUAAACCAUCGCCGAGGAGAGACGGGAAGCGACCCAACAGCUUAAAGAUGAUCAUGAAGGGGGAGAAGCGUAAGCAUCCACCAGAGGACGUGGAGGUUUUCGACAUGAGCAGCCCCACCUGGGAGAGCCAGCGGCAGUUUGUUUUCUCGGUCUCCCUGAACAAGUAUCAGUGUGGCCAGGUGCUGCCUGAACCCAGCCUGCGGCGGUCUGUCCUCAUAGCCAACACGCUGAGGCUGAUCAGCCUGGAGGCUUGUAUGGCGCCCUCUGUAGACAUGGAGGUGUCACAACCGCCUUGUAGCUCUUCAUCUGCCCUCCAGGAGAGUGUUUUCAAUGGAGGCGCUGCAGCAAAGCAUCACUCUGCGGCGAUGUUUUCUGACAGCCACUUGGCUCUUGUCAGCUGCCCUCUGGUUUCUUCAAAUUGCAUGUCAAAUUAUGCAUUAAAUGUCCCUCUGUCUGUUAAAGACGAAGAUGAGGACUGGGGAUCGAUGUCCACGGAUUCUGAUUACUCCCUCUCAGCCGCCAUCUCCUCCAUUCUCGCUGCGCUGGACUCCAUCGUUGACGGGAGCCCGCAGGCAGCUCCGCGGACACCUCUCAGGUCCUUGGAGAACCUGUCGGGGCCGUGCGAUGGAGGCAUGGCGUGGGUAAAACAGGGGGUCAGAGGUUAUUCCGGAAGCUGGGAGCAGCAGGUAGAGACCAGCGAUCUGUUCCAGGAUAUAGACACAUCCCUGCUAGAGAGGGACAUGGGUGUGCUGGGGCUCAGAGGCAUCGGAGGUGGAUACCAGUCUGGGGAUGACUUUUACCAGUAUCUGCCCCCUUUCUCCUCCCCGUACCCACCCAGCUUCUCCCUCUCUCUCAACCAGAAUCUGAUCCUGCCUCCGUUUUCCUCACGCAGCCCCUUGUCUUCCUUAUCCUCUUCUUCACCUUCUCUUUCUUAGCCACCCAUCUCUAGUCAGAAUCAAGGGCAUGGGGCAGUGAAACUAUGUGUAGUAAACCAGAUAAGGCUGUUUUUUUUUUCUUAAUGACUACGCAAUGAGUCAGUGCAUACUACAGUUUAAAGUGUGACUCAGCUAAUUGGAAGAAGGGAAGGGAGGUGUCUGAGUUAGAAAACAGGAUUCAUUCAUCAAAUAUGAAGUUAAUCUCUGCUGCGGAGAGAAAACUGCUUCAGCAGCAGCGUCGCACUAAAACGUGUCAAGG